CAUCCUUACCUGUCACCUUUCACUUUGUUUACAAUCUUAAAAAAUCAAGGCAAUGGCACUGAGGGUGUGUUAGGAUUAAUAAUUUUUACAUAUCGUAGUUACCAAUUACUGCAUUUGUUAUAAAUAUAUUUAAAUCGUUACCAAAUAAAUAAAAUGUCAGAAAAACUUGACGAACAAAUUCGAUUAUUACUUACGGGACAAAAUUUAAACGAUGACACGUAUAUUGCACAUACCGUUCAAUAUGAAGAGGAUGGUGCAAAAGGUGUCUAUACUACUACAGAUACAAAUUACACACCAAUUUGUCAAAGAACUGUGACAUAUAUUGUAGCUGCUGUAGUUAUAAAUGAACAAAAUGAAAUAUUAAUGAUGCAAGAAGCAAAGGCGUCUUGUAAUGGCAAAUGGUAUUUACCUGCUGGUCGAGUUGAACGCAAUGAAAAUUUAUUAGAUGCUGUGAAAAGAGAAGUUUUAGAAGAAACUGGACUUAUAAUAGAACCUAAAACAUUGAUAUUAGUGGAAUGUGCAAGCGGUUCGUGGUUUCGUUUUGUCUUUAUAGGUGAUAUAUCUGGUGGUAAUAUAAAAACAUCAGAUCAAGCAAAUGAAGAAUCAUUACAAGCACGUUGGGUACAUAAUAUAGAAGAUUUACCACUUAGAUCUAAUGAUAUUAUUCCACUAAUAGAAAGAGGCAAAAAUUAUAUUCUGAAUAAGCCUGACCUACAACAUCCAUAUUUAAUGCCAUUAUCAAAACCACUUUCCAAAUUAUUAUUACAAAUAAUUAUUACUGCCAAAAAAAGAGCAACGAACAAAUUACAUGUAGUUAUAUUGGAUACAGGAUUGUUUCAUCUACCUAUUUGUGAAAUCAACCCUAAUCGUAGUCUUCUUUCUACCUUGCACAACUUCAUGACCGAAAUCUUUGGGACAGAUGUGGCACCACACAAACCACACGGAGUAUUAUUGGUUGAAUUUAGUGGAAGUCAUGAUGGAGAUGGUCUUUGUUUGUCAUUAUUAGUGUCUUUUAAGUUACCAGUAGAAGAAGUACCCAUUAUUGGAAAGUACUCUUGGUACCAAGCUUCAGAAAAUACAGCACAAGCUAUUACAACUCGUUUACCACGAAAUAUGACCGUGCCAUUAAAUGUGGUACGUUAAUUUCUACAUUUUAUACUACCAAAUAAUAACAUUCAUCUUUAGUUAAUGCAUUAUAAUGUAUGAAAAAUUGUUUAUUUACAUUAUACCUAGUCUAUACCAAUGAUUUUAUUGACAAUUUAACUCAUAGGCCAACAAUUAUUAAGAAAGUUAUAUAUCAUAAUUAUGCUAACACAGAUUACAAGUAUUUUACUUUCUAAUUGUAUUACUUAUGUUCAGUACUUGAUUCUUGUAUUAAUUUUUUAAUCGUAUUUAAACAUUUUUAGUGAAUUUGUGCAGAUUAAAAUAUGAUUCUUAAUCAUUAUUUAUUUCAAGAAUAUAUCUAAUGUGAAAAUUGAAAUCUUGCAUAGUAAUACACAUCGCAUGCUAUACUAUUUAUUAAAUUGUUUUGUUUUAUAAGUGCAAACAUAUGAAAUUACAAUUCUUGUUAACUUAUAUACACAUGUUAGGCAAAGCAUUACUUGUAUCUUUUAUAAGAAAUUUUGUGAAUGUUAUAUUUAACAUAAAUAAAUAUUUUAUAAAAGAAAUGCUUUAUAAAAGUUUAUUCUUAGACAAUAAGAGAUAUAUACUAUUAUAUAUUUGCAAUUAGUACUAUAAGUUAAAAUUAGAUAAAACGUAAAAAUUCAUAGAGUAGUAUGUUGAGGUUUUCAUUAAUUAUCAAUGUCAUAAAUAUACAUUUUAAAAAAGAUUUCAUAUUAUAAUAGCUUUCAAAUAUUUAUAAAAAUGUAUUUUUAUAAUAAUAUAAAAGAUCUUUCUGUUAAAAUCAUAUAUACAAGAUAUAUCUAAAAAAUAAUGAGACUGAUUGCAGUUCUUUGGAAUCGGCAACAUUGUAUAAAUACCGCAACAUUAUUGCAAGAUGUGUAUCUUUAUUCUACUUUCAGUAUCACUUUCAACUCGAUUGAACUAACAUGAUGAUUUCGCAGAAAUUGAUUAAAUUUUGUGUUAAAUAAUACAAUAGAAACAUUUAUAAAAUAAAUUGAAAUUGACUUACAAAAAUGAAGCUUUAUCUAGGGCACAAGAUUUUAAAUAGCAUGAAGUAUUUUUGGAUGAUAGUGAGACUGUAACAGACUGUAGAAGAUGAAGCUCAUUCCGAAGGAUUUUGUAUUUCAAAAA